AUUUUACGGAACAUGACUUUUUUUUUGUAAUCCUAUCAAAUGUUUGGCUAGUUCUUACCAAAAAAUAAAAUGGCUAGUUUUUUGCAUUUUAAUAUUUUUAGGCUAUUUAUUUUUGUGGAUUACCAAAACGUUUGGCUAAUAAAUACAUUGUAUUUACUAAUGUUUUUAAUUUCUCACCUGUCUCUUAACUCCCGAAACGUUGUCGUCUGGACAAAUGUAAGGAUCACCGUGGUCGCGCCCUCACGGGUCAAUCUCGCACGCACCGUCAAAACAAAAGAUGAAAGUCGCGGCGGCAAUAUGGUCCCACAACCAAAGCCAAAGUUGAGCUAUUUCCUUCCACUCAGAAUUAUGCAGAGGGAGGGUUCGGUGCUCUUCCGCCAGCUCUAAGCUCCUCGCUUCUCCGACUCAGAAUCUCCGCCGCAGGAGGCCGGAAGCUCUGGUAAGGUUAUGUCUCAUUCAGUUCUUCUCUUGCGCCUGAUAAAUUCAAUUCGUUUGACUCAGUGGAUUUCCGGCCCCUUUUGUUUCUGGAUUGUUCCUUAUCUUCUUAAUUCCGGUGACGCUGUAGUUCUUGAAUGGCAGUGAUUCAGAAAUCUGCUUACUCUUUCUCUAGACUGGUUAUAUCAAGGUUCUCAUAGCUUCCAGUUUGGGUUUUGCUAUGUUGUUAGAGGGCUCAUUGUAGAGAUGAGCAUGUCUGGACUAGCUGUUGCUCCCACUAAGUGUGGUGCGCGGGCACCUGGCUUGAGUACUUCCGGCCAACGUGUUUUAGCUGUUUGUAGCGGGGAUAGAACUCGAGAGAAGAAUAUUGGGUUUCUCCCAUUGCAAAGAAGCUGGGCAACUAGACUGGUGCGAACAUUCAGACCGCGGCAAACUUAUGUUGUCAAAUGCGCUAUGGAUGCUUCCUAUGGUGGAGAUGUUGUUUUCCCGAGAAUCCAUGUAAGGGACCCGUACAAACGACUUGGGAUAAGCAGGGAAGCCUCUGAAGAUGAAAUUCAAGGUGCACGAAACUUCCUAAUUCAGAGAUAUGGUGGACACAAACCGAGUGUGGAUGCAAUUGAAACGGCACAUGACAAGAUAAUCAUGCAGAAGUUUUAUGAUAGAAAGAACCCCAAGAUCGAUAUCAACAAAAAGGUUAGGGAAGUUAAGCAGUCCCGAUUUGUGCAGGCCGUGACAAACAGAUUCCGCACCCCUUCAACAAGUGUCAUUGUUAAAACAACAGUUGCAUUCCUUGUACUUGGAGCUCUCACUGUUCUGUUUCCAACUGAGGAAGGCCCAACCCUUCAAGUAGCGAUCUCCCUAGUGGCUACUAUGUACUUCAUAUAUGACCGAUUGAACAGCAGACUGAGAGCUGUGCUCUACGGGGUUGCAGCUUUCAUUUUCUCGUGGCUGCUUGGAACCUUCUUGAUGGUAUCUAUAAUCCCUCCGGUGCCAAUCAUUAAAGGACCUAGGAGCUUUGAAGUGAUAACUUCUUUGCUAACCUAUGUGCUGCUAUGGAUUUCCUCCACCUAUCUGAAGUGAUAAGCACCACUGCUUCCUGUCCCAGCCCUUUACAAGACUGCAAUUUUGGUGGGAGAUGGGAUGCUUCUAUUUAGUUACUGUUCAUUUAACUUGGGCAUCUAGUUGAUUUUUGUUCAUGUUUUCCAAUGAGAGCGGCAAUGCUUUUAGAAACUUUUGUCGGUGGAGUUGAGUAAAAAGAGCAUAUAGUUGGGGAAGGAAGGGACUUUUCUGCUGGUAGAUGAUAGUGAGAACACCUCCAUGCUUCGGUUAUCUAGUUGGUUAUUGCAUCUUGACCGUACAUUCUUGAGGUUUAUUCUUCCAUCUCCAUCCUUUAGCUGAGCCAAAGAUGGCAGAAUCAAUCGUGGAAUUGAUAUUAGAGAGUUUGCCGAAACGGACAGUUCAUUUUUUGGGUCCGAGGUACCUUUAUAAAUUCAGUUUUUUUUC